CUCAUUUAACCAAUAUAAAUAUCCCACCCACCUCAUUCUCCAAACACAGAUAAACUCUUUCAUUCCUCUCUCCAACUUCCUUCAAUAGAAUGGGAUUCCCGAUAAGAUACCCUGAAGUCUCCGUUUCCAACCUCUUCCUCCACCUUCUCUCUCUCUUCGCCUUUCUACGAUCCUUAGCCAUCUCCUUCCUCUCUCUCCUCCACCUCUCCGACAUCUCCACCGCCACCUCGUCGGAAUCACACUCCGACCAUCCCACCCUCUCCGCAACCCUCAUCCGCGAAUUCCUCCCCGUCGUCAACUUCCGUGACCUUGCCGAAGAUUCGAAAUCAGUGGAGUGCGCGGUGUGUCUGAACGAAUUUGCCGGCGAGGAAGAGAUCAGGUGUAUGACGAAUUGUAAACAUAUUUUUCACAAGAGAUGUGUGGACAGUUGGAUUGAUCAUGAUCAGAAGACGUGUCCGCUUUGUAGGACCCAAUUUGUACCUUAUAAGAAAAUGGAAGAUUAUAAUCAACGGUUAUGGAAAGCUUGUGAAUCUGAAUCUGAAUGUGAAUAUGAUGAUGAUUAUGCUCUUUUUUCUCAUCAUGAUGAUGAUCCCCUCAUUGCUUCACUUUGAUUUUCUCCUUAUAUUUUUAUAGGAGUUUUUGUUUUUGGGUGGUAAAUUGUAUAUAAAUUACACCAAAAAUUGCAGUGAAUGAUAAAAAUAGAGAUAUUAAUGGUUA